GGCAAGGACUGGGAAAGAAAUGAUGAAAUGAUUCAAGGAGCACUGAUAGAUGGACCACCUUAGGUGGUUCUACCACUCAUACCACCCUUGUGUGGCACAUUUAAUUAUUAAAAGAAAUAGCUUAAUAAUCCAUGUCAUACCAGAAGAUAAAAAGAAAAAGAAAGUUGUACAUUCUCUCUCUCUCUCUCUCUCUCUCUCUCUCUCAUCUCAUUCACUCGGUCCUCUCUCUCUCCCACUCUUGUUCCAUUUUCUCUAGGGAAGAUGAUUUCCACAACCAUUCUCGUUGAUGCCGUCGCCGUUACAUCUUGAUAGAUUUUUCGGAAGGUUGAUCUCCAACCACAUCCUUGUUGUCACUGUCGAUUUUUCUGUGCUCAGGAAUCCCUAUUUUGUUCCUCCUGUUUUCUUCCUCUUCCAUCUUCAACUCAGAUCCAGUUUGAUCAUUGCAAUAAUGGAUGAAGGUCAAUCUGCAGAUGGGAAUGAAGAUAUUCAUCAAAUAAAAUUGUCAAAAACCUCCAAAUCAAAUCGACGAAAUACCAAAGUGAUGUCUAAAGACAAUACACCAGACAUUAUCUCCAUGACUUUAGAACUUGGAGCAGCACGCUAUAUUGUUAACGCAUUUUGUAAUGAAAACUUUAGAGACAUUUGGAAGUAUGCAUUGGAAGCAAAGAAAAAUAAACUGUUUAUUGGUAUCUUAAUUGCAUUAGAUUUAUGUUGUGAUAUUGAUAAACUUAUAGGUGACCAAUUUUGAAUGCAGAACAACAAUUUGGUCACGCCUUUGAAAAUUUGUGGUUAUAUGCUUCAAUUAUUUGGUUAUAUGUAUUUUUCCUGUGAAAACAAUAUCAAUUUUUCAAUUUAUCAACAAAAUAUCAAAAGUUACCACCUUCUAUGUUUCUUGGUCUCUUAAUCACGCUAAUAAAUGACAAAUUUUGAACGCAGGAAAAAAACUAUGGUCGUGCCUUUGAAAAAUCGUUGCUAUAUGGUUUUGUUAUUUGGUUUUGUGUAUUUUUUCUUCGAGAAAAAUAUCAGUUUUGCAAAUUUAUCAGCUAAAUAUCAAAAGUGACCACCUUCUAGGUUUCUUGGUCUCUAAAUUACAUUUGAUUUAUGUUGUGAGUUCACUUCAAAGCUCAAUUGUACAACCAUUUCUGUUGUGAUGAAUCUGAAUCUUAACGUGGAUGCAAGAUGCUUCAAGGAUGAUACAAUGAGAUAGUAGUCUAGAUACUGUAUAAGAUUUAUAGAAUUUGUUGCAACAAAACUAGAAUGAAGGCCACUAUCCUCUGCUUUGGCCGAAGUAUUAGCUCUACAGCGGUGUCUCCAAUGGAUCCUCACAACAAAUCAAAAUGGACACGUCCUCGUAGAAACUGAUUCUAAAGUCACAAUGAAAUGUAUCCAAGGUCUGAUUUGGAUGAUUGAGAUAUAAAAUAUUAUUCCAGACUGCGUAGACAUUUCAUCCACUAUGUCCAAUUGUGUUGUUCCUUUUAUUAAAAGAACUAAGAUUAUUCUUGUCCAUAGCCUAGUGGUAGUAGAAAAAAGUUUGGUUUUAACUCAUGGUUGGGAUAUGUCCCUAAAACCGCAGCCUCUGCUACUUAUACUAAUAGGCAUAACCAUCUUUAAUCGAAUACUUGUUUGAUUGUAAAAAUAAUUAUUCAUGUAUCAAUGUUGCACUAUGAACACAGAUAAUUGCAUCUAGUCACUUAACUUUCUA